CGGCUUGCCUAUGGACUACGUGCUCUCAUCGCCGCUCCUCAAGUACUCCCUCGUUCUCGUGGUCCCAAUCCUCUUUCUUGGCGCUCGGCAUCUCGCAACCUCCACACCCACCACCUCCCCAGCCAAGUCAGACGCAGACGACAAGCCGGCCAAGUCGAUCAUGCAGGCCCCCAAAGACGAUCUCCUCCCACCGAAGGACGACCCGUUCACGCUGGAGCAGCUGAAGGAGUUCGACGGCUCGGACAAGGCGAAGCCGAUAUACGUCGCCAUCAAAGGGACGAUCUUCGACGUGACCCGGAAAGUGGACGUGUACGGCGCGGGCGCGUCGUAUAAUGUAUUUGCGGGGAAGGACGGGUCGAAGGGACUGGGCAUGUCGAGUCUGAAGCCGGAGGAUGCGGUCCCGGAUUACAGCGGGUUGGAUGCGGUGGACCGGAAGACGCUCGAUGACUGGCAUGUGUUCUUCUCGAAGCGGUACAACAUAGUAGGCAAAGUCGUGGACGCACAGACGGAGGAACCCAAGUUGUGAACCCGAUGUAUUCGUCUAAAACAACGUCAUGUAGAAGCCUCACACCGGCAUCUACACUAUCUACGUAUCCGAACAUAUAUUGGAACAUUGUACACCAAGUAGAUUUCGAUAUUAUUGAACGCAGAUCCACGCAGUUUGCUCUGCGUUCCUGA